AUGAGUCAAAACCUAAUCCAGGCCGGGGAUAUUUUGAAUGUUCUUAUGGCCGCGUGUACAGGAGCUGCUCUCAUUCACACAAUAUCUGUCAAAUAUAUGUAUGAAGUCUUGAUUUGGAUAGACUUGCUGAGGUCAAAUUGUAUGGUCAAAAAAAAAUCUCACUAA